GACCCUGGGAGCAAGAUGGCCACGGUCAUCCCCGGCCCCCUGAGCCUAGGCGAGGACUUCUACCGAGAAGCCAUCGAGCACUGCCGCAGCUACAACGCGCGCCUGUGCGCCGAGCGCAGCCUACGCCUGCCGUUCCUCGACUCGCAGACCGGCGUGGCCCAGAACAACUGCUACAUCUGGAUGGAGAAGACCCACCGCGGCCCGGGUUUGGCCCCGGGACAGAUUUACACGUACCCCGCCCGCUGUUGGAGAAAGAAACGGAGACUCAACAUCCUGGAAGACCCCAGACUCCGGCCCUGCGAGUACAAGAUUGACUGUGAGGCGCCAUUGAAGAAGGAGGGCGGCCUCCCAGAAGGGCCGGUCCUUGAGGCUCUACUGUGUGCUGAGACAGGGGAGAAGAAGAUAGAGCUGAAGGAGGAGGAGACCAUUAUGGACUGCCAGAAACAGCAGCUGCUGGAGUUUCCACAUGAUCUUGAAGUGGAAGACUUGGAGGAUGAUAUUCCCAGGAGGAAGAACAGGGCCAAGGGAAAGGCAUAUGGCAUCGGGGGUCUCCGGAAACGCCAGGACACCGCUUCCCUGGAGGACCGAGACAAGCCGUAUGUCUGUGAUAUCUGUGGGAAACGGUAUAAGAACCGGCCAGGGCUCAGCUACCACUACACCCACACCCACCUGGCUGAGGAGGAGGGGGAGGAGAACGCCGAACGCCACGCCCUGCCCUUCCACCGGAAAAACAACCAUAAACAGUUUUACAAAGAAUUGGCCUGGGUCCCUGAGGCACAGAGGAAACACACAGCCAAGAAGGCGCCUGAUGGCACUGUCAUCCCCAACGGCUACUGUGACUUCUGCCUGGGUGGCUCCAAGAAGACGGGGUGUCCCGAGGACCUCAUCUCCUGUGCCGACUGUGGGCGAUCAGGACACCCCUCGUGUUUACAGUUCACGGUGAACAUGACGGCAGCUGUGCGGACCUACCGCUGGCAGUGCAUCGAGUGCAAGUCCUGCAGCCUGUGUGGCACCUCGGAGAACGACGGUGCCAGCUGGGCGGGUCUCACCUCCCAGGACCAGCUGCUGUUUUGUGACGACUGCGAUCGGGGUUACCACAUGUACUGCCUGAGUCCCCCCAUGGCGGAGCCCCCGGAAGGGAGCUGGAGUUGUCACCUCUGUCUUCGGCACCUGAAAGAGAAGGCCUCUGCCUACAUCACCCUCACCUAGGCCUGGCUCUGGCUCACCUGGACCUCUGGGGUGAUGCUUGCCUACCUGCCUCUUGGAGCUCCUCCAGUCUCUCCCCAUCCUUAAU